GAGUCACAGUCUCCCUUUGCUUGCUAGUGCAUCUCCCAGGAGUUCAGAAGCAAAUCUAGUCGAUCAAGUAGUAGCUAUGACGCGAGGCGAUUCGAAGCCAGUUGAAAAGGAGGACGAAAGCAAAGGCACACAAGAAGAUGCCCAAGAAAUAGUUGACCUCAGCCAAGUUGUGUUGGACGCUAACUCCGCUUUUGGUCUCCACCUCAUCGCUGUUUCCUCCAAAAACGGAACACCAAGGGUCGUGAACGUCAAAUUUCAACCGAACAAGAUCAGAGCGUUGACUCUUUUACCAGAACCUGGAGAAGUUCUAGAGAUUGGGAAAGAUGACGUUACUUUCUGGGUAGGACCACCAGGUGACCUUGCGCCGUUAUCGAGUCAAUACCAGGACAACAUGUUUAACCAUUACCGUCCACACAUCAAACACGUUGUCGAGAAGCUGACUCAGAAACGCAAUGAAUGCGAAGAUUGAUUAAGAUUUUUUUAAUGAAAAAGUAACAAACUAGCCGAGUCGAAUGAAGAUGUUUUUUAUCGAUUUCGAGAUCAUGCUGCUCCUAAUUUAUAAUAGUAAGAGCUAUUUUUAGAGCAAGUGCAAAUGCUGGAAGAUGUUGGAUAAGUAUAAUGUUUCACUCCGUACUUUUUGGAUGGAACAAUAAACAUAAAGAUGAUCUUCAUAGUUAAUAUUUGAUUUUCUUCUUCUAGUUUACUUCGUCCUUGUACUUUCUUUCUACGAAGGAAGUAGAGCUAUGCUGAAUUCGCUGGUUGAAACCGUCCCAUGUUAAAAGAAUUUGUUAUGACUGAUUUCUAGUUGGUACUACGAUUACAGUGUUCAUCAUAGGUAAGCGCUAUAAGUAGCUGCAGGCUCACUGCUCCUCAGUGGAGUAGCUUGGCCGCAGUUAUUCAGAUCGUUCAUUUUCCUCAGGGUUGAUUGCUUCGCAUUACGUCGCUUGAUGGAUUUCUGUAUAUUUGCAAGUAGAUCUUCAUCCUCCAUUUCAUCGUUCAAGUACAGGAUAUAUAGAACGGAGGUAGGAUAGUGAAGUGAAGAUAAAUAAUGAUUGGUAGCGUAGUCUCUCUGCGGCUGCACAUAUUCGCCCGAGGAUACAGGUCAAACUGUGGACGGCGAGUCACCUCCUAUCCUAUCCUCGGGUGGACUUGGAUGGAUCGGAUGAACCCCCCUAAAUCUUCGGGUCCUCCUUAAAGUGACUAGCGGACCUCGGAAGUCCAUCCGAUCCAUUCCGUCCUGAAUCCGACAACCCUAGAAACUGUCCGAGGAUAAUAAUGGAAAUGGUAGCACUUCAUCUCUCUUACGCCGAUGGAACGCUCAACGAAGCUUAUCUAGACCGACCUCAACCAAGGGCUUCAGCAAGAAACGCAGUUACUGGGCAUAUUGGUGAACGAGAAUCAUUAUACUAGUAUACCAUUUACCUAACCUUACUUUUUUUCCUAGUUAGCUUCCUUGGCUCCACCCGUAUUAUACUAGUACUUUCUAUGGUUCCGUUUCAUCAAUCUGAUCCUGAACCGCAACAAGGAGUUUUUGGCUCAGGUUCUAAGAAUUGUGAUUUUACAUCUUCGUCUAGAUUUUUUUAUCAAAACCAAGUGACUGCUAGAAGUAGUGAUCGAACUACGUCGAUCCGUCGUAUCUUUCGCAGCUUAGUAGUUGCUAUUUGAUGUCACAACUGAAGACUCAGGUUUAGAUCUUCUGGAAGCUAGAUGUGCAUGCGUCAAUCUCGAUGAGUUGACUACUUUGAUGAUGCACUUCUGCGUCGUUGCAUUUGCAUUUCAUGAGAUGGAUAGUGUUUGGCUGUGCUACUUUUUGCAACAGCACCGACGCAAAACCUUUCUGCUUGUAUGUUAGCGAUGUCCACCGACUGAGAUACCGACCAAGUGACUACGCCACUAGCUACUUAGAAUGAACACACUGAAACCACCACGCCACCGCGCGCAUGCAAGUCAGGGAAAUUACUCG